GCCGUGCAUCUCUCCUCCAAUGAAUGUGUGAAAUGCCCAUCCUCUGCAGGACGCAGCGCACCUGCAGUCUCAGAGAUAUCCAUUCUUGAUUGCGCACUGAUUCUCUCGAUACUCCCAUAAAGAAAAAAGUUGAUAACUUAUGGAAAUGUUCAGUUCCUCUGAUUGCUUUUCUCAGCAAGGCUUCGGUGGUCCGAAAGAUUUGACCGGUUUGGAGCGGGCCGGUCUCAAGCUUCAAGAGGAGGGCACUGAGGAGUCAGCCGUUAACAUUGAACAGUCGGAUUCACCUGAGCGUGGGACCUCCUUGAAUUCCCCCCCUGCGUUGUCUACGAGUUCUCGGAUCAGCAGGGUUAGGAGUGAUUUGGAUAUGCUGCCUGGGUCGCGGGAGAUUCCUGUUAUAAAAAAUGUUUACUUUCGUGAUCCUAUAAGUAAUAUCACAUGGUCUGAUUUCACCGAUGAGACAACGACCGAAAUCACGGAUGAUUCAGAUUCGGAGUCGGAUUGUCCCAUCGGUCCCCUAAAGCGGCCAGGAGCCCUCAUAGACCUCACGGAAGAUGAAGCAGGUGACGAAGACGAGGAGGGUGCCCCCGAACCCUGUGACUCAGUAGGAGAUAUCGACAUAGUAGAAGAUAUUGAUUCAAUUGGAGAUGUUGGCUCAGCAAAGAUUGUCUCGGAUCCCGUUGCAGAAAAGGAAUUGGAGGAAGAAAUUGACCUGGUUGGGGAUGCGGGCCCGACCGAGACUGUCUCAGAAUCUCCAACAGCUACACAACCUAUCGCAGUUCUAGAUGAAAAUGAAAUUACUGACGAAACGGACGACGUUGAAAGUAUUGAUGUCCAAGUGCCAACUCUGAGCUCCGCUGACGAAAUGUUCCUCACCUCCAAUGAUGAAUCUGAAGAAGUCAGUGAAUUUUCAAGCGUAAUGGACGAGUCGCCAUCAUAUUCUGACGACACAUCGGACCUCGAUUCUGCUUUCGGUUUCUCCAAAUGCUCGCCUCCUCUCAGUAAACAACUUGAUAGCAUGAAACUUCAUUGCGCGUGGGGACGUGAGAUGGUAUCAACGCUUGCGGUGGAUAAAGAUAUAUCCACUACGCAUUUGGAGUCGGUAAUCCCCAUGAGGGCUUGGCGAAAGGAAGCGAUUGACCGCAUCAUCGCCAUUACAGCUUGUAUUACUGUCACUGGAAACAUCGAGGGCGUGGCAGAGAUGAAACAUGCCGUUCAGGAAAUCAACGAAGGACUGCUAAAGCAUACGAGCGACCAAAGGGACUGGUAUCAGCAACUCGAAAAAUUGUUGCAAGAUUUAGAUAAGGCACUCAGUUUGGAAAAAGUACCGAUAGUUGCGCAGCGCUCCAAUACGGACAGUUCGAACGUAGAAGAGCGUCUACCAACGAUUCAGAGUAAGAACGAUCAGUCACAAAACACAGCGGAUAGAUGUGAACAACCGUCGAACAACAUUGGUCACAUUGAAGCUAGCGUCGCUUCGACGAAGCGGUGCACGUUUUCCCAACGAAGCGAAGAACCACAAAGGCAAAUCACACUCGCUCAGAACGAAAACGAGCGACUUGCGAAACUUGUGAAUGACAUCGCACUAGAUGCUCCAGUAUCCGCCGACGAUAAAUCAAUGGACGACCUACACCAAGUUCCGAGCCAAGGUCGUAAAAGGGGAGCAGACGAUAUUCUUGAUUUGCAUGCAAAGCGUCAUUGUUGUUCACACUCGACGGACCAUCGUGGAGCGUUUGUGGCUGGAUGGAUCUCAGGGAUGUUUGCUGGUAUCGUUAGCAGUAUUGCUGGCAUCAUUUACCUGGGAAGUUGAGGAAUUCUUCGUUGAGGAUGGACAUUCCUGUCAGCCGACUGAUGGCCUUGUGUUAUGAAAGUGAGCAGGCGUUAGUUACUGUGGUUUGGAGCACAUUGGCUUUGUAUAUGUUUAGUUGUUACUGUAUCCUGUUGUUACUUUGUAUUAUUCUGUUCCGCGUAGCAUAUCUUUACUGUUUGUCGCGGGUUGUAUGUAGCAUAUCAAUUCCUGUAAAGAAAUAACCGUUGAAUUCCUUGAAUCAUUAAAAGCUUAUCCGAA